GGCUUCCUAAUUUCAGCUGAAAUGAAGAAGGACAAGGAAGAAGGAAGAUAAAAGAACGAGUGGAAAAGAGAAAGAGAGACAGAGGCAGAGUGCGCAAGGCAGAGGAUGCGGAUCGAUAUCUCUUGCUGCUUCAGCAUGUAAAGGAGCGAGCAAAUCAAAACAAACCAGGAGAGAAAAGACGAGGAGGAGAAGGAGGAGGAGGAAGAGGGGGAACCGAGGACAGAGUCAGCCUCGAUGAGCAUGGAUACUGAUUCUCUCGCUCACUAUGACCAUCACACGCAUGACACAAGAUUGCUCUUUCACUCUAAUCAUGUGAGAUCCCUGCAUUCUUCGUUCUCCGGAAUGGAUCGUCAGAUCUAUGGCAUGAGGAAGAGGAUGCUGCUGUCUGUGCUCAACGCAGAUGUAAAGACCACAGCCAAAUUGCAUGAUUUCGUCUCCGGAGUCCUGCUGAGCUGGUAGUCGUGGCAAUGGGAAGACGGGCAGCUGAUCCAGGCACCCCGGUUCCAGUGUCUGAAAUGCCAGCUUUGGUAGGAGUUCGUGAUUGGAGGACUGCCAACGGAGAGGCAGGGCUUACCUGUACUCACCAGUGUAAUGUUGGAGUGCAAACAUCGCCAGCCAUAAGGAGCUGCCAUGACAGCCGUUCUGUCAGCCAAUCAGGAAAGAGGAUGACUUUGCCACCCAACGGGUACAUCCCUGGUGAGGUGCAGGGCAGAAAAGGUCAAAAAAGGAGUGCUUUCUUUAAACAACGAAGUCUUGAGAAUAAGGUUAAGAAGGGUGUGACGUUCCAAGGUGUGGAUGAUGAUGAUAAUGAUGAUGCAUGUAAAGGCAAUAAAACUGAAAUGCACUGUGACACUCAGACAAUCCAAACCAACACACACCGUGUCAAUGAACGUGUUAAAGGAAAUAAGGAAUUCCGUUUCACCAAUGGCAGCGUGGUGGACUCCGAGGUAAUGGGCGGGAUCAGCAGUGACAUCAGUGAAGGAGAAUCAUCGACUCCACGUCUCAAAACUACAGUAAACCCUGCAAAAAGAAAGGUUCCUCCAUGUUCGCCUCCUCACAGAUUCCCAUUGAGGAUUUGCAGUAAAUGUGGAGGAAGGCAGAAUCCAGUGGCUGCGGUUCUCUUCACCACCACCAGGGACACCACUUCACCCUGUUCUGCUGGCUCAGAAAGUUUACGAUCUAGCCCUGCAGCUCCUCUGUUCUCAGGAAAAGAAACAGGAGCAUCACUUUCUCCUCCAAACGAUGAGACUGAGAAAUGCAGAGGUAUGCAAAUGAACAGAGGGCCUGCAGUAACGUGGCCAACUCCUAACACAAACAGCAACCAGCUAUUAUCAACCAUGCAGGAGGGAGAAACAUUUAAACUCUCCAAACAUCAGUCAAGCUGGAGAUACGCUGGCCUUGGCCUUCCACACAUACAACGGGACACACCAGUUAGUCACACUUCAUCUGCAUAUACGCAUACAGUGGCUGGGAGUGCAAUUCAGGAGACAGGCAUGAACACACAUUCGGACCUCUGCUCUCAUAAGCCGGCAUCACUGUCACACACUCUCAUGCUCCAGGAUUCAAGACCCUACACAAUUGCUCCAUACUCACAAUAUUCCAGCCUUAAAACAGACUCCCAAUCCAUAUCUUUGAAUGACACAGAUCACACACCAAAGAUAAAAUCAAACACACACAGCAAUAUCCAGACACACACUUCACACGUGGCUCUGUCAAAACAUGUCAGCAUUCAUCCACAGUCUUCAGUAUCUGUUCAUUCACCUGAAAUUAAUAAGGGUCAAAACAUUCAACACAGCGCUAAAUCUGUUGGCAUGUCACACCCUAGCAGUGACGCCCAAGCCUCAAAUGGAUUAGAGACUGUGCAAAACACACAAUCGAGGCCUUCAAGCUGCUUGCAUGCAAAUCAAAGUGCUAAACCUCAAAGCACAUCACAAAUCCAUUCCAUCAUACAUCCUAAACUCACAUCUACCACAGACUACACCAAAUGCCAACCUGCGCAAACAUACUCUCUGACCUCUGACACAUCCUCAGCCAUAUCGCUUUGCACAGCCUUGUACUCCAAACCGCCCAUACCGCUUACCUGCUCGCUUCUACACACAGAUGCCAAACCACAUAGCAAUUUAAAAAACCAACAAUCAAACCCUUCACACAUGGUCCAUACCAGCACUCCAAUUAACCCAUGUCCUGCCACAAAACUGAGCCUUUUAACCCAGUCCAACACAGUUACAAUUACUCAAGCAUUUAUGGAAAUGCGUUCAUACGGUAUAGACAACUCUAAAACAGAGACAUUAAGUCGCUCUCUUGAAGAAUCAAAUGUUCAUGUUAAGUCAGUCCCAGAGAAACUGGACAACAAAGUUCUUAAAAGCAAUUCAUCAACAACAACAAUGGACUCUGCAAAAUUUCCUUGUAAGGUAGCAACCAAGACUGUGACAGCUACAAAAAUAGGCUGUGAUAUUCUCGCAAACACAGACAACGCAAGCCACUUGCAGGCUAACUGUGAACUCCUCGCACCUUCAAAAUCACAAACAGUACACCAGCAAUCCACACCUCAGCAUCCUACAGCUCCCUUAAUAUCACAUCAACCCAGCACUUUGGGUUCACUUUCAUGCCAGCCUCCAAGCCCUUUUCACCCAAGCCCACUGCAUCCAGCAUUUAAAUUACUAAUCGAGGUCACUGGAAACAAACAGACUAAGCCGAAUCCAUUCCUACUUUCUUCCUCUAUGCCUUCAGACCAGGUCCAGAACACGCCACUCCAUCAAGAGUUAGAGACUGCGUCACAGACAGGCAUUGGUUCACCUGUUAGUGGACAUGUCUCAAAUGACUACGCCCUUACACACUACCAUCCUCCCUCUUUGGUUCUGCUUUCACGUAGUUCUCCUGACAGCAACAGGAGUCAGGACCUUGAGAAGAGGCUGGAGAGAGUAGAGGCCAAUCUGCAGGCCAACCAGGAUCGAGUCACCACCCUGCUUAACAUCAUCCAGGACUUGGAGAUGAGCCACGCACUGAGCAAAGGACGCCGAUGUUUCAGAACCGGCCAGGAUUUAAACGCUUGCUCCACCUGCCAGGAGACGGCAUGCAUCAUUUACAGUGUGGAGUAUGAUUUCCGGCAACAGGAGCGGCGCUUCAGGGAUGUCUUAGAGCCUCUGGACCCUCCAGUCAGAGAGAUCUGGGAGGGAGUUAACAUGGACAUGCUCACCUUUUUCACUUUGCUCAAACACAAUCAGACGCCAUCUCAGACCAGCAGUCACCUCGAGCCUGGGGGCAAGUGUAAAGUCAAGAAAAAGAAACUCUGCAGGAAGAUUUUGAGCUGGCUACCUCGAAGGGUUCAAAGGAAGUAGAUCAGUCCUUCCAUGGUUCUUCAUCUUUAUUUUUGAAAUUUAAAUAAACAGACUUACAAUGUAAAGGAUUAACAGCAGCAUUGUAAUCUAUCCACUUAAAUGAGUCUGGUUGAUCCAUAAAAAAGGACAAAAGAUGAGAUUUGUGAACAGGAACUGUUAAAGUAAAACUUCCCAACUUGACAAGCUCUUCCAUGCCAAAUCUGUUAAGUGCUUACCUUCCCAUCCUGAUCUUGACCUUCCUUCAUUGAGUACUGACAUCAUGUAGAGAACAUGGCAUUUCUAAGGUCAUUCAUGCUUGUUUAUUAACUUAAGAAGUAGAUGAAUAUUAAUAUAACAGUUUAUUUGGGAUUAAUUUUAGGGUGGACUGGGAUCAUGGAGACCAGAUGUGGCCUAGUGACCUUGUGAUCCUGUUGUUUACCAGUUGCAUCUUACUUCAGAACUUCAGAACAAUAAA